AUGGGUGAGCAAAAAGCACAAUUACUGAUGGAUCAUGUGACACGAGAAUGUUUCGAAAAGACAUCACUUUAUAAAACAAUUCUUUACGAUUGUACACAUAUAUCUGGAUUAAUUACACGUGAGUUGGGCACACUUACGCGAUAUGCUAGCACCAAACUUGACGGAAAAUUAGCUUCAAUAUUGAUGGAAAUUCUGAAGCGUUUACCAGAUCUCUUAAAAGCUGGUGGUGCUGUGGAUGAAAUGAAAAAAUCAGCUGCAAAAUUUCUCCAAAACGCCAAUCAAAUAAUACAAGAUGCAAUAACUGAACACAAAUCAUUAAAUGCAACUGUAGCUGCCUCACGAAACGCGCAACUUCUACGUGAUCAAAAGAUGCAGCAAUGGAAGGAAACAAAUAUUGAAAUAUCUAAUCAAUUAAUUGCUACACACGUCCUUCAACCCAUUUUAUCCUAUGGUGUCAAUCACCUCGUUGGUUAUAUUGGUAAUUCGAUUAAGAAACAAUAUCGUUCGUAUAAAGAAGAUAGAUAUCGCGCAGACUUUGAAUCAUUGAAAAAAGAUUUUGACGAAAAAGUGAAGAAUGCUAAAUUCAAUGUCGAAGAACAUACCAGAGAGGUUAAAACUUAUCAUGAAGCACUCGUUAAAUUGCUGGGAAAAACAAGAGAUGCUAAAUUAUUUGCGAGUAUUUUACGUGAAAAUGUUCCUAUGGAUAUGACUUGUGUCCAAGCAUGCACUAAUGUACUCGAUGCAUGUAUGCGUGGCUUUGAGACUGCUAAUCUUAAAGAAAAAUUUACUGGAAUUUGUAUCGUUGUCGAAGGUAGUGAUGGUUCAUCACACGAAUACUCGAGUUCGAAAAAUCCGUCGCAUAAAAUAUUUUUGACACUUGAUGAUAAUCAUUUCCGUGCCAGUGGAUUUGAAAAUACCGAAGCCUUGCAGAACAGUUGUCUGUAUGAAGCACUAAUGCGUCAAGUUCCAUCAUUAAAAAGAAUGUUUUCAAAUGGAAAAGAGUUUCGAGAGUGUUUAUCAGAUCAUAUUAAAAACAACAAAGGUCUCCAGUAUACCAUUGCUCAAGGAUGGCAUAGAUAUACCAUCGAAAAAAGAAAUUAUGGUGGUGCAAUUAAAGAAGAAAACUUCAGUCCAGAUGUUUUGUAUAAUAAACAUGUGUCAAAUGUUAAAGAAGCAUUAAAGAAUAUCUAUAAGAACAGUCCAACUUUAUCAAGGGAAAUUCAAAACAAAAUUCAAGAAUGUGUAGACAAUAUUGAUAAAAUUGCUACAGGUGAUCUGAAAAAUGGUAAUGCAGCGCAUGAUAUUAAUACAAUAGUAAAAGACUUCGAUAAAUGGUUAGAUAAUAAAUUCCAAAAUGAUGAAUUAAAAUUAAGAAACGAAUUGAAACAAACAAUGUCGACAUUUGGUGAACGCGUUAAUCAAACAGUACGUCAAAAUUGUAAAAUAAUGCUAGAUGAAUUUCGCGAACAAGCCAUUCGUGCUGAUCGCUCUUCUACCGACCCUGAUGCAGUUCAUGUUGCUGACAGAAUAGAUUUUACCAGAGAUGAUAUUAAUCUGCAAAGUUUAGCAAAUAAUUCUACAAAACUACGAAAUGAUCCCGACAUUAUUGCAAGUGUUAUCCAUGCAAAACUCAAUAAGGACUUGCCGAAAAGUGAAUGGCGAUACAAUACAGUAAUCGUGGGCAUUCACAAUGAAGCAGUAUACAUUGCGUUCAAUCAAGUUGGAAUUGCAAAUGGGCAAGAAACCUAUGUAAUAACUGAGAAACAAGGUGAAGAAAUAUUUCAAUAUCUUAAUUCGAAAAAACUUCUCGUCGGACGUUACAAAGUUAUUUUUCUGGAAGAAAAGUCUACUCCAACAGAUCGAACAACCUGUCGAGCACCACAUGGUGAAAUGCAAAUCCUGCGUUUUUGGAAUAACUCAGGAAUAUUACGAGAAGACAAUAAGGGGACCAGAAGGAAACCAUGGAGCAUAGGUGGAUCGAAACCACCAUGCUUUUGUUGUAGUGUUGCUAUGAAAACACGUAAUGUCAAUCAUAAAGUUUACGGAAAGGCAAAUAUGUCACCAAGAAAUUGGAUUCCUCCCGAUAAUAUCAAUGUUAAAGUCAAAAUGGCAUGGAAUGUGCAAACCAAAAGUCGUCGAAAGUGA